UAUUGACCAUACUUGAUAUAAUAAGGGCCCAGUGUCCACUUGGCCAUAUAUACUAACAUUCUAGGAAGUAUGAAGUAGUCCAGGAGCAGAACCUUUUCCGUAGCUUGCGUCUGCAGAACAAGGAGCUGAAAUUUGUAACCACCACCGCCUCUCACAGCAUACCGGUCUUUCUGUUAGUGGAAGAGUCCCUUUCAAAUGCCUCUUCCUUACCUGCAAGAUGGGGCCGAGAACUUGUAUUUUUCCAUUAACUUCAAUCUGCUUUUUUCUCUCUCUAAUAAAAUUCUCUUUUUUUUUCUGUCUCUUCUUCUCUUUUCGGUAAAACCCAAUUCAAACGAGAAAACGACCAUGGAGCUUUUUAUUGAGUUGGUCUUCGCUGUUGCUUUUUCUCUUUUCGUCUCCUUUUUUCUGGCCAAGUUUCUUUCAGGGUCUUCUUCUUCUCGUUUGACUUCCACUGAUGACUUGGUCGCUGAAGAGCGAAGAUUCCAAGCUAAGAUGAAAAGGAAUGGUUUUGAAUGUGAGAGAAGAAAUGCGUUUGUUGAAGAAGUUGUGGAAGUUGCGGAUUUGGGUGAGAUGAGGGAAGAUAAGCUAGUGCUGGAAGAGAUCUUGAAGGAUGGUUGUGGAUCACCUGAUGAUGUCAAGAUUGAUGAGAAUAAAGUUUUGAGAGAAGUGGAGAUUGAAUUUGGGGAAGAAAUUGCUGAUGGUGUUUGCGAAUGUGAGGAUAAUUUGGUGGCGGGAAGCGUUGAGAGUGAAAAAGUUGCUAACUUUGAGACAGUUUUAACUAAAGAUGAGGUUUUGGAGAGUGAGAAAGAUUUAACUAAAAAUGAAGUUUUGAAGGGUGAAAACGAGAAGGAAGAAGCAGAUGAUGACAAAGGCUGUGUGUUUGAAUGUGAAGAGAUCGUUGUGGAUAAUACUGGUGAGAGUAAAAAGAUUACGAAAAUGGAGACAGAAUUUAGUAAACAUGAAGAUGGUGUGACCAAAAGUGGAGAGAUUGAAAUUUUAAAGGGUGAAGCAGAACAAGAUGGUGUUAAGGAGGUGUUGUUUGAUGAGGAUGAUGAUUGGGAAGGAAUAGAGAGAACUGAGUUAGAGAGGCUCUUUGGUGUUGCAUUGGCAUUUGUUGGGAAUAAGAGUAAUGCUCAUCGGAUUUCAAGUCUUGGCAGCGAUGUUAGGAUUCAGCUCUAUGGACUCCACAAGAUUGCCACUGAAGGCCCUUGCCAUGAUCCCCAACCGAUAGCAUUGAAGGUCUCUGCUCGCGCGAACUGGAAGGCGUGGAGACAACUUGGGGACAUGGCUCCAGAGGUUGCUAUGGAGCAGUAUGUCACUGUUCUCUUGAGAAAUAUCCCUGGGUGUAUCCCAGAUGAAGUCAGUGGAGAUAGUAAGCAGAUUUUUGCUGAUGAUGAAACUUGUAGGAAGCUAGCUUCUGAUCUAAACAGAUGGAGAAGGGACCAACUAGCUGCUGUAAAUGGGAGGAACAAGGUUGAGCUAUCGUCGUGUCAUGAAGGCUUAGUUGUGAAUGGAUCUUUGAUUCAGUUGCCUUGAGCCAAGGGAAGCCCUUUGCUACAGAGGAACUAUUACAUUGGAUUGGAUUGUAUCCUUAAUAGCAUAUGAUGUUUGAAUAAAAUGGUUGUAAAAUUAAAUGCAAGUGGAGUUAUUAUAUAGUCUUAUUCAAUUAGCUGUAUAAGGAAAGACCGAGGCUAUAUGAAUACACUUUUAGAUAUACAAUUGAGUAUAGAGAUGAUAUGUCGUCAUCUGAUUAAAUGUUAUUUUAUUUUUAAUUCAAAAUCAUCUAAUCAUAUGAUGAUUUAUUAUCUGUAUUUUCAAUUGUAUAUCUAAAAGUGCAUUUAUAUAGUUUUAUAGACAAGGAAAAGGGCUUGAUGGGUGAUGGGUGAUGGUUGGUG